AUGAAAUUAAACUUGUGGAGAUCCAAACAGAAAGAAUUGGACGAUAUCUAUGAUGUACUUUAUACAAAAUUGGAUCAGUUCACUAUACAUUCAAUUUAUUCUAAUAUUUAUAUGAAACAAUUAAACAGUAUUUUAGAGAGAUUGUGUAUUAUACGUGAAGAAAUAAUUAAACCCAUAACCAUUGAUCUGAUCAAUAAAAAUUCAAACAAUAUUGUUUCACUUAUUAAUAGCCAUGAUUUAAAUACUUCAGAAAUUUAUCAACUUCGAGAAGAAGCUCUACAAAUUCUUUCAAAUAUAACUUCAAUUGAGUUAAAAUCAAUAAUUUUGAAAGAUCCAAAUCAUUAUAUCAACUUAAUAAUUCAUAUGAAAUGGAAAUUUCAAGAAUUAAAUAAUUUAGAAUUUCAUCAUGAAAGUAUUCAAUUGUUCAAUAAUCAAUUAACUUUAUUCUUUUCAUCUUUAAUUAAUAAUAAUAAUAAUACAUCAAUUCAACAACAAAAUAACUGUGAUUCUACUAAAAGUUUAGCUUCUAGACGAAGAGAAUUUUUAAUUCAAUACGAUAUACAAUGUAAAUUCUUCUUUGAAAAAUUAAAUUUGAUUAAGGUACAAUUUGAAAUUAUCAAACAAAUGUUCUCAUGUUGUAUGAAACAAGAUAUUCUUAAUAAUAGUGAUGAUUUAAUAGAUUCACAUUCAUUACAAUCACCAUUUAUCAAUGUUUAUGCAUGUUUCAAUACCAUGAAACAGUUCUUAAAAUCAUAUUUUGAACAGUUGAAAAAAAUCGAAUCAUUUAUUAAAACAAUUGAAUAUGAUUCAAUCUUCUUAAUUUCAAUGACAAUACAACGCGUACUUACAAACGAGUCAAAACAAUUGAUUAAUAAUGAAUUAUGUAAUAUUUAUCAGAUGAUAAUAUCAAACGUGAUUUAUUGUGAACGACAAAUUAAUUGUAUCAGAUAUCUAUUGAAUCGAGUUGAACACUUAUUUAGGGAAUAUGAACACUACUAUAAGUCAGUUAUUGAUAAGAUCUCAAACGUUUUCUAUUCAGUAAAACAAAUAAAAGAUUAUAUUGGGAUAUUAGAUGCUUUUCACUACUGGAUAAAUCAAGUGGAAGGUGAAUUUCAAGCUAUCAAACAAAAUGGUAAUACAAACACUUUGACAGGUAUUUAUUAUACGAAAGAAAUGCAAAUUUAUAUGGAACCUUUGUAUGAAUCUGUUGUGAUACAUUUGAAGCAAGUGAGGGAUAUCAUAGUCAGUCGCUUAACCAAUCUACAUAAUCGUUUAACUGUAUUAAACCAAUUACAAAUUAAUUUUAUACAACAUUGGAAUUACAAGCCUUCCAUUCAUCGUUACCGUACUCAAAGUUUAUGCUCUAAUACAGCUUUAAAAUGUCCUACGGUAAAGAUAAAAAUUCAUAAACGAUCCAAUUCAUCAUCAUCAUUAAUAACAAGUUUCCAUCCUACAGACAUUAUUACAGAUCAUCCAAUCAGUUUAACAUAUUUUUUAGGGAAGAAUGAUCUGUCACUGAAUUGUUCGUCAAGUUUCUUCAAGAAUAGGAAAUUGAUUAGAAACAAUGAUGCACUAAUUACUGACAUAAUUUGUAAUUUCAAGCAUUCGAGGAAUUCCAUACAAUCACCAUGCACUGAAUCAACUUCAUCUACUUUAUGUUAUUCACAAAAUGAAGAAAAUAACUCAAAUUUGGAAGAAAUAAGCACACAAAUUAUCAAAGAAACAUUACCGGAAGUUAUCGAUUCAAAGAAUAAUUCACCUGAUAAAAUCAUGUCAUUCCCUACAUCAAUCAGUUUUGACGAGGAUUUCAAUCUUACACAUGAUAAUGGUCAUGUUAUAAAAGAUUGGACAACUAAGAAGGAAAAAUUGAUAGAGAAUUUUUCAAGUUUUAUUCAGGAAUAUGAGGUUUGUAGUAAAAACAAUACACCUAUUCAAACUGAGAACAGGUUGGAGGAUAGAUGUACUAAACAGUUCCACUCUGACGAUCACUAUUUCGGUUCAAUGAAAGAAACUUCGCAUAAGGGAAAUUCGUAUGCUUCCGUUCCAUCAUAUUUGCACAUAUCCAAUGAUAAUGAUGCUUCAUCAUUAUCCUCAUGUAGUACAGAAAAAGGUGCCAACUUUAUGUUGAAUGGCUGUUCACUGCAUAGAUUGCUUUCAAAGUCGUAUAACAAUUUACUACAAAUUACCAAGAGAUUUCAAUCAAGUUUAAUCAAUUUUAACAAAACCAAUCUUACAGUAUUAAACAAUAUCAAUUUAGAUAAUGUGUUGAAUAUCGAUCAAAAUAUCUUUGAUGAUGAAACUCAGUUAUCUAUCUUGAAUCCACUUCAUUCUCCACUGGUAAUCUAUUUAGAUCGUAUGCUGAACUACUUCAAUACUACAUCUGAUAAAAAUGAUUUAACUAUUGAACAAAAUGAAUUAAUAUUUAUAGAACAUAAUCUAACCAAUAUGUGGAAAUAUUUUAACGAAAUAAUUUUAAAUAUGAAAAUAAAUAGUAAACAGUUUAACUUAGCUGAUGAUUUCAUGAAAUUGGUGGAUAAUAACAUGGUAACCAUUUAUUUCGAAAAUACCUCUUCUGAUUUAUUUGAUCAAUUAAUCAUAUUGACUAAUGAAAUUCAUUCAUCAAUUAGAGAUUUAAAUAAACAUUUGUUAAAAUUAUCCUCUUUUGAGCAUGAACCAUUUCCAUUACCAAAUUUAUGGUGUACUUUAUUUAAAACAACAGAUUUAUUAUGCAUAGAAAUGAUUUAUUCACGUAUUUUGAUACUUAUUUUCUACUAUGCCUAUAAAUCAUUGUUAUUUAUUUAUGACAUAUUAAGUGUGUAUAGUGUUAGUCGAAUAAAGAAUACAUUUAAAAGGAAUUCGAGUAAUAACUUCAUGGAUACUUCAAAUAACAAUUAUCUGAUAAUUUUAUUAAAUGAAUUCAGUUACUUACAAUAUAUUUUAAAUCAAAUAAAUCCAUCUAAUUUUUAUCAUUCAAUCAACCAACAAUCUAAUGAAUUUUUAAUACAAUUUACUACAAUUUAUUUAUUAAAUAAAUAUAAUUCUGAUCAAUAUUCAAUAAAUUUGUUUAAUCUAUUAAAUUCAUUUAUUGAUUGUUUUAAUCAAUCAAUUAAUUUUCCAUUAAAUAUCAUUAAAACAAUACAAAGUAAUGUCAAAUCAAAUGAUCCCGUUCAUGAUAAUAAUGAUGAUGAUGAUGUCAUAAUGUCGAAUAAUACAUUGAAAAAUCUAAUCAUCAUGGGUUCAUCUAGCUGUGUGAAAACAUCAAUAACUAUGAAUUCAUUAAAAACUGUACACAUUUUCAAAUAUUUAUUCAUUGUCAUUGAAUUGUUAGUUAAUAUACCAGUAUUAACAAUGAAAGAAUUAGAAAAUAGAUAUAAUAAGAAUUUGGCGUUAUUUUCUCAGAUUUAUUCUAUUUGUUAUCGAUUACAUCUCCUGAACGAAUCCAGCAACACUACGACAGAGGAUAAUCAACCACUACAGUAUGAAGAAUGUAAAUCACGUAUUCAACAACAACAACAACAAAUAACAGAUCUUAUCACUCAAGGUUUAGAUUUAAACCAUAAAUUAAUGAUAUGGUCUGCAAACUGUCAUAGUCUGCUAGACCGAUGGAAACGAUUAAGCACUCAAGUAGAUUGGUUCAAUGUGCAUAUACAAAACUUAUGGAAUCGAUUACCUGAAACACCAAUGCCAAAUCCACCUCAAUUCAAGUUGGAUUACCUACUAUUAGAGACUAAUAAAAAGAAUCAGUUUAUUAAUGAUAUAAAAUUUAUAUCACCAAUUCAAGUAUCGUACAAUAUUUUAAUUUCUGCAAAUUCUCGAGAUGCAUUAUUAUACUAUAAAAGUUGGAUAGAAAACAUUUUUAAAUCUUUUAAAAGUUUAAUACCUAUUUGUGAGGCUAUUUUGUGUGAAGGUCACUCAUUGACUAAUGAAUUACUUCAUAUAAAUACAAUGAAUAGUCAUGAAAAUGUUGUAGAUAUUAUCGAAAGUGUUCAGAAGACGUCAUCAUCUUCGGAAUCUUUCAAUCAUAAUGAUAAAAAUAAUGAUAAUAAUAAUACAUUUUGGAAUAAAGAGUUUAAAAUAUUUUGGGAUUUAGUAAUUGAAUGGUUGUUCAAUUUACUGGUUGAAUUCAAUCAACAAAUUUUCUAUAUUCAAUUAUUAGAAAAUUGUAUAAAUGAUUUAACAUUAUGGAUUAGAUCAAAAAAGAAUCAACUUGAUCAUACUAUGAAACAAUAUAAAAUUCAAAUGAAACAAUAUCCAAAUGAUUUAUAUCGAAAUAUCAAAAGAUUCAAUGAAAUUGAUUUCAUCAUUAGUGAUUUAUAUGUAAAUGAGAAAAUGAUUCAAUUAAACAAUUUAAAAUUGUACAUUGAUCAAUUGAACAAGAAUCCAUUACAUUGUCAAAAUUAUUUAUUUUAUUCCCGUCUUAUGAAUUCAAGUCAAUGGAUUAUUAAAGUUUAUAAUGAUUGUCUUUUAUAUUAUAAACAAAUUCUAGAUCAUUAUCAACAAAUUAUUCUAAGAAAUAUUCUACAGUUGUCUAUUAAUAAUGAAAACUAUUCAACCAUUUUCAAUGUUCUAUACUACUACCAUUCUCAAGAUUGGUUCAAUUUAAUCAUGAAAAGAUUCUCUGAUCAUGAUUUAAAAUUUAUUCAAUUGAAUGGAAUCUCUAAUACGAUCCUUUAUGAUAUAACUCAAAAUCUAUAUCGUCAAUUAGAAAUUCGUUUACCUAUUCUCUUAGAAUUAUACAAUUUAGAACAACAAUUAUGGAAACAUUAUAAAGAUUGUGAUGAUGAUAAUAAUAAUAAUACAAUAAUUUCUUAUUCAGAACAAAUCAUUCAAUGCAAGAAACACAUGGAAACAUUGAAACAAGUUCAAAUCAAUUUGUUAACUGAUCUUAAUGAAUAUGAACAAUUAAAUUUGUGUUUUAAUCAAUUAUUCAUUGAAAUUGAAGUGUUCAAUAUAAAAUAUCCUGAUAUGACGAUAUAUACAGAUGUAGAUAAGAAUUUUUUCUCAAAGUAUAUUUUUAUUGAACUAUUGAAUGUGAAAAAGACCAAUGAAAAUUUAAGAAAACAUUUUAAUUUACGUUUAAUAUCAUUAAGAAAUAAAACUGAACAAUUUAUAUCCAAUUCAAAAUUAACACAAAUGAAUACAUUGAAAUUAAUCAUUGACCUUCAUAAAAUUCCCAUGAAUCAAAUCAAUCAAUAUUUAUUUAAAAAUGAAACACUGAAUACCCUAUUAGAAAAAUUAAAUUUUAUCAAUGUUCAAUUAUAUAACAAUAUUAUUGAAUAUAAUGAUUCUGUUGAAAAUGAUCAAUUAUUGUUAUCGAAUAAUAAUAAUAAUAAUAAUAAUAAUAAUAAUAAUAAUAAUAAUAAUAAUAAUAAUAAUAAUAAUAAUAAUAAUAAUAAUAAUAAUAAUAGUGAUUGUUUAACAUCAGUAGUCAUUGAAAAUUUAAUUAAAUUUUAUCAAUUUUCACAUCAAUUAAUUCAUUUAUAUGGACGAGUAAAUUUUCUACAACAAAUAAGUGAACAGUUUAAUUUGAUCAAAAAUUUUCAUGAUUCUAAAUCAUUUUUCCAUGAUUAUGAUCAUCAUCAUCAGUUGAUCACAUCCUUAUUGUUAAAUUUUCUGAAUGAAAUUCAUGUAUUAAAGAGAUAUUGGGUAUAUAAUGAGAAUAAUGAUAAUGUUAUGAUUCAGACUGAUCAGUCGACUUUUCAACAGUUUAUUAAUUAUGGUCAAAGAAUUUUGGAUUUAUGUCAAUGUAAUUUGAAAUGUUUCAUUUGUGAAUAUAUUCAGUUAUCCACCAAGUCAUUACUAACGGAAUUUACUACAGUUCGUCUUACUGUAGUAGAAAGACUGGAACAGCUUCAUUCCAAUCUUCAAUUUCAUAUCGAUCAGUUCGGAAAGUCUCAGACACUUUACGCGAGUAAUAUGCAUCAAUUAAAACAAUCCAAAGAUAUAUGUGAGGCAAAUAUUAAAGAGUUGUUAAUUGAUAAUCAUUGCAUAUGUAGUUCACAUCUACAUAGUAAUAUUGUUGGGAAUACCAACCUUAACCUUGAUAAUCCUGUUUUUGAUCACAUACCGCCUAGUUUAUCUUUGAUUAAUCUAGCUAAAUCUGCUUAUCAACAUACUUUAUUGUCUAAUGUAAAAGAGUUUUCUACUAAAUUGAUUAAAGAAUCAGCAUCUUCAUUGAAUGAAGAAAUUUCCAAUUUGAUUCAAUUAACAAACUUAUAUUUAUGUCGAAUAAAACAUGAACGUAUACAUUGGAUAAAUUCAAUAGAAUAUUUACAAUCAAUUCAAUUGUAUCCAACUGGUGUAUUAUCAUCGAAUGAAAACGAAUUGGAACUUUGUAAUUCUCAAACUGACAAUAUCAUGAAUUUAGUGGAAACAAUUAAAAAUACUAUUUCAAUUAAUUUAUUUAAUGGUGGCAUUCACAAUUUGUAUAAUUUAUUAUCAUCUAAGUCAAUAACGUUUAAUGUAAAAUUAGAAUACUUCAAUAACUUCAUGAAACAUUUCACUAAUGAUAACAUGAUCAACAAGAAUGUGAUGAACAGCAAAGAUGAUUGUUAUAGUUGUGUAAAUUCAUAUCUGUUACAAAGAUUUAGUUUAUUAGAACAAAAUAUUAUCCGUUCAAUCGAGAGUUUGUUUGUAACAACCAAUGAACAUCCAUUCAAAUUCAAAUUAGAUGAUAUUAUCAAACAGUGUAUCAGUGUGAAUUCAUGGUAUAAUGAAUAUAUUCAAUUAGAACCAUUAUUCAUUUAUGUUUCUACGUACUCAUUCACUGUAAAAAGAUCUCAUCAGACAAUCUGUAACCAAAUUAACAAUGCUGCUAUUUUGCCAAACACUAUUUUGACGAGUGAUUGGCUUAUUCUUGGUAUUCGUUUACAUCAGCUUAAAUCAGUAUUACAUAUCAUUAUGAAUCAAUGGAUACAUUUUGUAUCUGUAUGCAAUAAUAUUAAUGAUUUGUUAAAUAAUAUGGAAUUAUCAAAUGUUAUGAAUCAAGUAUAUCCACAGAAAUCCGGAUUUUCAUAUAUACACCAGUCUUUAUGGUCUUUUAAUUAUCAAGAGGUGAUAGACGAGUUGAAAAGACAACAAAUAUUAUUCAACAGCCUAUUUGUUAACGAAGAGAAAAACUGUUCACAUGAUGUUACCAAUGGUUUGAUGGAAACAUUUCAAAAUUCAUCAUCUUCAUCAUCUAUCGUUCCUGAUGAAGUGAAUGAUGGUAUUAUACAUAAUUGUUAUAUAACGAAUGAGAUAUUUCUUCCAUCUAGAUCUCCAGUAUUCUGUACAAUAUGUCAUAGAAAUCCUUUUAUAGAUAAUAAUAUUAAUAGUGUAUCUUCCAUGAAUGUGUUAAUCAAUGAACAAGAAGAACGUCUCAAAGCUUUAAAUAAAUACAAAGUUGACGACAAAAAAAAUACAUUACAUUUUGAACAAAAUCAAAUUUAUUUAACUACAUUACAACGUCGAAUAGAUAUGAUUUCAGAAUGGAUUAUACAUUUUAUAGACGAAACAGUACUAUCAUCAUCAUUCAAUGAUGAACUCAAAGAAAAUGCAGAAAUGUAUGUAGAUCAAUUAAUAAAAAUUGAAGAGUUACUUCAAAUUUGUCACAGUGAAUAUGAAAAUAUUAUUGUUUAUUAUGUUAAUAAUAUCAAUGUACAAAUACAAUUAGAUUUAUCAAUACUACUUAUAAAUUGUCUACAAGUAUAUAUUAAUCAGUUAACACAAACGAUUAAAUAUGAAUGUGAAGAGAUCUUAAUAUAUAUCAAGACAAAUGUGGAAUGUUUAAUUGAACAAAUGAAAAUGAUGUUAUUAGUUAAUGUUGAUGAUAUUGUGUGUAUACAAGAUCCAUGUCAUCAAAUUAAUCAGAGGAGAUGUACUUCAUUGAACAAUAUUCAGGAAAUUCAGUUUAAAUUGUUGUAUAUGACAUGUAUUCAUAAUCAUUUGGUUAAUUUAUGUAAAAUAGUCAAUUGGAGUAGCAUAAAUGUUCAUUCGGAUACAACAGUUUUACUGCGUCAAUUUUGUUGUUCCUAUACUUAUUUAAAUCGAAUAAAUCAGUACCUUGAAUACUAUAAUAAUACUUAUCAAGAUGAAACUACCGUUUCAAUAAAACUGGGGUGUGGUUCGACAUUAUCUGCUUUGAAUUCACUUCAAGAAGGAUCGAGACAGAAAAAUUCUAUCGAGUUUUGUCAAAAAUAUACUACUUAUAUAUUGAAUAAUAGUAAUAAGUAUUGGUUAGAAAAUUAUUAUAAAAUAAAAUAUUUACAAAAUCAAAAAUCAAUUAAUCAAUCAAUAAUUGAUUUAUCUUAUUUUAAACAAACGAAUGAUCUGAUCAUUAAUAGAAAUUUAUAUUCCGAUGUAAUAACAAAUAUGUUCACAUCUAAAGGUUAUAUAUAUGCAACAAAUAAUAAUGGAUUAACAUCUGAAAUGAAUUUAAGUAAUGCGAUAAAUCAACAAAAUCAUAAUGAAAAACAAGUCAUUCAACAUGAACGUUAUCAGCGGAAUCAAUUACAGGAAUGUACACAUAUUAAUAGUCAUAGUUCUACAAGACAUUUAUCAGUGAUGAGAUCCAAAUGUUUACGUAGUGGUGUAGCUACAGAAGAAAAAAUUACUAUUGCUAGUAAUUCAUUUAAGAAUUAUGUCAAGAGUUGUCAUUCACCUAAUCAAUUAUCUACCUCGUCUGUAAGAGUAGCAACAAGAAAGUCAAUAGGAAAUGUGAAUCAGUCAGAAAGAUUGAAAAAAUUUCAAAACUCUAAGCAUUUAGUUGAUAGCAUCUGUUCUUCAGAUGAUAACUUGGAUCAAAGUAGGCUAUCGAAUUCUGUAGCUAAAAAUAGUGUAUCUAUAAAUUCGGUUAUUGAUCAUUCAAAACGUACUUUGGUGAAACCUGUCAUACUGUCCAAGAAACAAAUCAAUAAACAAGAUCCUAAUAAAACUUAUGAAACAAACCGUCUACGUUUAACAGCUCGAUCACAUCAAAAUCAAUCACAAACUGCUCUCCCGACUAAAUCACAAAAACAGCACCCAGCAGUGAUAUUGCCGUCUUCUACCUCUUCUGUUAGUUAUAGAUUAUCGAAUUUAAAUCGGCCACAAUCUUCAACACCAUUAGGUAAACCUCGUACUUCAUGUUUAUCGAAUUUCAAAGUUAGUUCAAAUAAAUACUCAGUAAUCAGACGAACAAGUACACUACGGACUCUUUGUUUAUGCUUUUAUGCUGUAGAAAUUUAUCAUGAAGAUUUAUCUUUUACAUUCGCUUAUCUCCCUCAAUUGGUCCCUGAUGAUUUGGCUGGACAUGAAAUUACAACUGUAUCAAUUGGUUUCAGCUUGAUUAAAAAAUACACCCCAUUCUCUUUGAUUCACCAUGUCAAAUUACCAAUAAUGACUAAUUUUUUAUUGAAUUAUUUAACAAUACAGGAUAUUAUUCCCGAAAAUGAUAUCAAGCCAAUGUCUCCAUCAUUAUUUCAAGUGGAGUUUGAUUAUUCGUCAAUAACAACUGUGAGAUCAUUCAAUAAAGAAAUCCAAUCAAAUGUUCCUGAUCAAAUAGAUUUAUAUAAGAGUUGCUUAAAAGAGAAACAUAGCAGCGUAAUAUCGAGAAAAUCAUCUGAUUUAUUAAUCACUGAGCCAUCUUCAUCAACAUCACCAUCGUUGUCAUCAUCAGCGUUAUUAUUGAUGGAUUCAAAGAAUAAACAGUUAGUCUCCAAAUCAUACACUGCAAAGUCAACAGAUUAUUCUGUUGAUAAUGAUGACAUCACUUCAAAAAUAGUUAUUGAUAAUAAUAAAAGAAGUCCUAUUAAACACAAUCCCGUUCAUAAAUUGUGUUCAAAUCCGUCGACUAUUGUCACUAAAACAUUUCAGUCGAAUUCUGAUGUGUAUGAUUUACUGUCUCAAGUUAAACUGAGUCUAAUCAAGGUGGAGCGUCAUUUAAAUGAACUGGACGCAUAUCAUGAUGAUGGUGACGACGACAACGAUAAGAGUGUUUAUUCUGUUAAUCAAGUUGGUGAAUCAUUAUCAUUAGCUCAUUUGGCUACAUCAUGUGAUCAGUUGAUAAAAUUCCUGGGUCAACUUAAAGCUUAUGAUUUUCGAAUAAAUUCUACGAAAUCUCUAUUGAAGUCAACUGUACCAAGUAGUAGUACAUCACUUGUUGUUACCAUUGAUCAAGACGAAUUAUUGAAUGAAUUGAAUAUUGUUUGGCGAAAACUAAUUGUAGGUACAAAAAAAUGGAUUUCGAAACUACAAUAUAAAAACAAUCGUUCAAAUUUAUUGGAUAUAGAUUUGGUUUUAGCCAAUUCACAAUUAAACAACUUUAUCGUUUCUAAUUUAUCAUCAGACGAGUUAAACAAUAUUCAUCAAACCCCUAAAUCAAUAUACUUAAUUGCUAUGGUGAAACCAAAUUAUAAUAAUAUCAUUUUGAAAAAUAACGAUUUAUCAACUAUUGAGAGUAGAAUGCAAAGUGUACAUAAUGUCCAUGCUAAACCUUUGACAAAAUUAUUUGAUCUAAAACAAAUAGCUGGUUUACAGUUUUAUCCUUAUCCUGUUCUUCAUCAUGAUAGUAAUGAACAGUCUAAUUUCAGCAAUAAUCUGACAGAAUCAUCAAACAAUAAAAUUAAACAAAUUCAACUUCAUUUUAAUCUAACGAAUUCAAUGCAAAAUAUGUCGGAAAAAUCGAUCAUGCAUACAACUAUCAUCAGUAAUUUCAUGAAUUCAUCAAACUGCAUUUGUAUCAUCAGCACUUCUUAUAAAUCAGGUAAAAUAAAUAUAAAUAGUACAUUUAAAAUAUCUUACAAAAGAAAUGUUCAUUUAAACGAUGAACUAUUAAUAAAUUCACCAUUGAAUCAAAUGUCUACAAUAUUGAACAGAAAUAUUUGUGAAAUCAAUUGCGCCAAUAAACAUCAUGAUAGUAAUGGUGCUUCUGAUCUUGAUCUUGAUGGUGAUGAUGAUGAUGAUCAUAAUAAUUCAUUACGUUAUUCAAUUAAUACUGUAUUUAAAAACAACUAUGAUCACUGUAAAUUAUUUAUUCAAAAAAAACUAUUACAAAACAGUUUACCAUUUAUGCGUAAUAAUAAACCUCAUUUAUUUCCUGUCUAUAGUUCACCUUCAACAUCACCAUCAUCACCUCUUCCACUGCCUGGUUCUAGUGUUCAUUAUUCACAUUAUCAGAACAGAAGUGUUUUGUAUAGAACGACAUCAUACUUAUCUAAACGUUUAUGUAGUAGUAUAUUCACGAAAUUGUUAUCAUAUUUUAUUUCCUUGUGUAUAGUAUUAUAUCUUAUUAAUUUUCUGGUAAAGUCUUCAUUUUCUCUACCAGAUAAUCUGUUAGUUAUACAUAAAGAAGAUUGUAGACAGCAGACAUCUUCACAAAUAUUCUUUUAUUCAUUAUUGUCAUGGAUUAAACGAAUAGGCGUGGACGGUGUUGAUGUACCACAAAGAAAUGUCAGCUUACUUAGUGAAAAUCCAUUGACUAGAACGUGGCCAGAUAAUGCACCACCGUUUUAAACUAAAAAUCAUACAAAUAUUCAAUAACCUUAACAUGUGUAUGAAUGUUCGAUGAAUAUCACUAUAUAUGGUUGAUUAGAAUGUGAAAGAAAGCACUUUUUAGUUUAUGGGAUUGUACUUCUCAUUUUUUCCCAUUUAUGCAUAUAUGGGAAUAUAUGUAAUAAUAAAAACGCAAUCA